AUGAAAUCUGCCGUUCGUCUUGUUAUGAAGACCUGGAGUGCUGGAAUUCUGCUCGCUGUCACACUGAUCAUGGUACCAGUUGGGUCAUUCCCAGCAACAGGCUCCAUUCGGAACAACUCUGUACAGUAUCUUCUUGUCAACAACUCAGCUAGCACAAUGAUGGUGACCAAGACUACAUCUCAGCUGGCAGAAGAAAAAUCUAACGUAACUGCGAUGGUUGGUACAUCGUUCAUACUGAAGAAUCCUUGGGAAACGGAAAGGCAAAAAACCUUGCUAACAGUAUGGAAUGUGAAAUUUAUAAAUGAGACAUGUUAUUUAUCCUACAUGAGUAGCAAAAAUCUAUCUGAUACAAACUGCACUGAGAAUAUUAAGUGGUUAUCUAGACCAGAAAAAGAACAAGCUCUUCUUAUAAAGUCAGUGCAGAUUUUCAACGAAGGAUUUUAUAAGUGUUCUAGUUCAAUCAAUGAGGGCACUUUCAUCCGCGAAUAUGCUCUAACCGUGUUAGUGCCUCCUCAGGUGCGCCUGACCUAUGGCUACAAUGGAACCGCUGUGUGUAUGGCAGCUGCAGGAAAACCAGCUGCCCAGAUCUCAUGGGGCCUUAAAGGGGAUUUUAGCACUGUGAUUAAAACUUUGCCUAAUGGCACAAAGACUAUCAUAAGCACAUAUAAUAUCACCAGUGCUGAAGAGAAUAUCUUAACUUGCUACGUUUCCCAUCCAGCUUGGAACAACUCCCGAGUCUUAAGUCUCCCCUCAGGCAGAAAUGGCAAAAAAUGGAAGGAUUCUAAAGGCCCCCUUCUGUAUUCCAUCCUCGCUGUUCCGGGAGCUAUUCUGAUUUUGCUUCUCAUCUACCUCGUCAGACUCUUCUUAGGAAAGCAAAAGGAAGUCAAUACAUCUAAAAGUCCAGAAACAAUUUCAAGACCCAGCAUCCAGGAGAAUGAGAUGGAGCCCUACGCCACCUUUGUGCAAAUGGAAAAUGUGAUCUAUGAUUCCACGUUUGACACCUCAGUAGGCAAACACUUUCCACCAGGGGUUUUACCUUCCACAUAAGUCUCCAUCUGACUCUAGCUUU